UACAUCUCAGCCAUUGACAGCUGACUGGUUGGGAUCUAAUUGCUCUGAAGUGAGGUCAGCAACAGGCAUUUAUCUAAGCAGGGUGCACAAAAGGAAGAUGCAGAGAGUCAGCUUGCCAGAAACAGGGAAGUCUAGAUGAGGACUGACAGCAGAUCCUACCUCCUGCUUGGCCUUAUUUCAUCAAUGAACUGGGGUUACCUUUUAAACUAGAGUCUCAGACCCAAAGAGCCUGGAGAAAGUGCCUUUGUCUGACAGCACUUAGAACACAGCGACGACCAGCACAACGGUCCCUUAUCUGGAUAAUUACAUAGCUUGUUGGACUAUCAUCUCAAGUGGAUCAAGCAGUUGAUGAGCUCUGGAUGUGUGCAACAAUACAACAACAUCCACUUUCUGCAAGCUAUUUUCUUCAUGAAACUACUGACCUUUGAACCCAGCCCAGCCGUUAAAAUUCUCCCUCCCGACUGUGCUGUUAAACAUCCUGCCAGGAGUCCGUGGAACUAGGGCCUAAAGCUUACAAAGCAGGGGUCAGGAGGUUGCUGGAUUGAGGAACAGCGCUCAGCUCUUGAGCUUGCUUUCAGCAUGUUUUUCAUUGAUCCCCAAAGCAUUGCAUUAUAAUGCGCAAAUGGAUGCUGACCUGGAACCUUCAAAAUCUGUUAUCAGGACUCUACCUGCAUGCAAUCUUUCUGUUUGGCAGUGUGUGUGUGGUCUACAGUGACUGCACCCCCGAGCAACGUGCCGCCAUCAUGAACUGCUCUAAACAUGAGCGCCACACAAGGAACUAUGAUUACAUGGAGGGAGGAGAUGUGCGUAUUCGACAGCUGUUCAGCCGCACACAGUGGUUCCUCACGAUUGAUGACUCUGGCAACAUUACAGGAACUCAGGAUCCUACCAACUGCUACAGUAUCCUGGAGAUCAGAACGGUUUCUGAGGGCCCCAAACUGGCCAUCAAAACUAUAAAGAGCCAGUAUUAUAUAUGUAUGAACAAGAAAGGAAAGCUGCAAGCCAAGAGGGCCUACAGUAAGAACUGCGACUUUACAGAGAGUUUCCUAGAGAACCACUACAAUGCCUAUUCCUCUGCAGAGUGGACUGCUAAAGAAAUGUUCAUAGCUUUGUCUCAGAGGGGAAGGCCAAUGAAAGGGAAUAGGACCAAGAAGUCACACAAGGCGUCUCACUUCAUCCCAAUGAAAUGCUUGGACGAGGAGAGGAGAGUGGAGUGAACAAACUUUGUCGCCAACAGUUUGAAUGAACUCAUUAAUAUGUAUAUCAGAUCAGACACCUGUAGUCUUCAUUCUCUCGUUACCGGCAUCACUCUCCAUUGUUCUAAUAUACAGUAAUAUUAAUAACUGAUGAUGUAUCAUAAACUACUACAAUCUUCAUCAUGCAAGAUACUGAGACUAGAAGCAUGACAAAAGUUUUUUUUAAGUUUAUAUAUAUAUAUAUAUAUAUAUAUAUAAACAGAAGUAUUUUCUUACCAAACUAUGAAAUGAUUUGCAUACAGUACAGUCUGGACUGUAUUAUUUACCACCAAGCUGCCGGAUGUGAUAUAUUUAAUAAAAACCAAAGUCAAAGGGGAAAGUUGGUUUGAUCAAGAAGUGCAAAGGCAAGCUGGGCUUGUCUAGAUCUUCCACUACCAUAUACAUCCAUGAAAUUUGAAUAAACAGAAGUAAGUAAAGCUAAUGUGAAUGAUGUGUGUGUGUGAGACCCAUUUGUCUUUUCUGCAUUGACUGGUCAAAUACACUGUAGCUGCUUGCUGAUUCCCUUUUAAUAUCAAGAUGUUAUUUUGAAAUGCUUUGCUGCUGCUGAACAGAUAUUGAGACAUAAAUACAGUAGAAAAUAAAUAGCAAAAUAUAGAACAUUACAUUUCUCAGAUGUCUACACUUGUAGAUAUUUAUCUGUAAAAGAAUUACAUUUACUUUCUUUGGAGACAUCCCUAUUAUACUUAAUUAUGUUUGGAAAUCUACUCACAACUUCAGUAUCUGAAACUAAUUUCACGAAGAUUAGUUUGGAAAUCUACUCACAACUUCAGUAUCUGAAACUAAUUUCACGAAGAUUAGUAGAAGAGUUCUGGCAGCACUUGCAGGAUUUUUCAUGACUUGCUCUAAUUCUUUUCCUUUCUGUUAGGCAGAUAUAGGCUUCUUUACUUAAAAACAAAAAAAUUCCACUUGGAUAAUUUACGCUGAAGAGAAGCUUCACUUUUCAGGUUUUUUUCUCCACUAGAGGGUAUAAUAAACCUCUAAAUUAAGUCAUGUGGCCAUGCUUUUAAAACGUCCUUAGUUAACUUGUCAACAAGACAUCGGACUGAAACAGAAACACAUAGCUAUACAUAAUAUGUUGCUUGGAACAUCUUCUCCAUUGCUUUUGCCCGAUUGCCUGUGAACCUUAUGAACCUGGCCUUUAUCCUGCCAUAAACAGAACUGAAAUUAGGCCUAGAAGGCUCUAGGGGAACUUGAAGACAGAGGUGGUGUCGCUUAUAUACUGUGAUAAAAUUCAUAAUUAUUUAUUCUGUUUAUUAUCUAGAAAAAUGUAUUUAUUCAAACCUUUUGCAUGUUUGUACUAGCCACUGUGAUAUACCCAUACUUAUAAAAGAGGUCUGAUCUGUUAUUUGCUGUGAUGUAAAUCUUAUAGCAAAAACUAUUUUGGUAACCUAAUGUACUCUAACUCAUCAAUUUGAAUUAUCCUCUUGAGAAAACCUAUAGCAAUACCGAUGUAUCACAUUGAAAUGCUUAUUUUGUUUUUUUCAGAUGAUUACUUGCAUGUUGCAAAUAAAUAUUUGGGAAGA